AUAUCUUUAUAUAUCGAUCUUUAAUAAUUAUCAUUAAUGAAUUUUUCUUUGUUCCUACAAAUAUUUAUUAACUUAGUUAUAAUUAAUGGUUUAAUAAUUCCCUCUUCUUCAUUCUUCCACUUCUAUUUAUUUGUAGUCCUUUUAACACAUUUCUUGUUCAUAAUCUUUAAUUAUCAUUACUAAAUGGUAAUUUAUGAUAAAUACAAACUUGUAUAGAGAAGAUUAAAGCGACGCUAUAUAUAAUAAGGUUUUGCUUCGGUUUAAAAAUUGACAUUAAUUUUUCACUCGUUGAAUUUAUUACAAAUGAUGAUUAGUUUUUCUUCGCGAAAUGUUUAUUAAUGAACUUAUAAUAAUAAUAAUGGAUCUAAUUCUUUCUUGAUCUUCUUUUCACUUCUAUUUGUCUUUUUAACACAUUUCUUAGUCAAAAUCUUUGGUUUUUAUUUAUUUUUUCACUUUUUUAUCAUUACUAAAUGGUAAUUUUUGAUGAAUACAAACAUGUACAGAAGAAGCUAGACCGACGCUAUAAUAAGUUGAAGUUCUUGCAUCAGUUUAAAAUUGUCGCUAACUAAAUCUUCAGUACUCGUUGGACAUUAUUGAAAAUGACAACGAUAGCUUCACAUAAAGAUAGGUUAGCUGCAUGGACAAGAGCGAGAGAACUAACAUCAGGUUUCGAACUCGAUUAUCCAACAUUUCUCAAAUCCAUGAACCCACUAAGUGUUAGUGAUGGAUCUUGGCUGCGUCUUCCAAAAGAUUUUGUUACAAAAUACUUGCCCGAGGAAGAUGAGAUAAUAACAUUAAUAGAUAAAGAAAAAAAUGAGUUUAAAACUAACUACAUGGCUAAGAAGAGGGUUACACUAUAUGGUGGAUGGAAAGAAUUUGCAAUUGCUCAUAAUUUAGAGGAUGGGGAUAUUCUCGUCUUUCGGUUAAUACGUCCUUUGGUUUUUGAGGUAUUGAUUAUUAGGGUGGAUGCUACAAAACAAUGGGGUUAUGAUUAGCUUUAUUAACUUUGGAAAGUCAGUUUAAUUAGGUAAAUGAAGAAUUUCACUUUAGGAACAUCAUAUAUAUAAAGACUCCUAUUUUAAGUAAAUAUGUGUGUAAUUUAAUUUCAAGGAGAUCCAAUCACCUGUAUAUGUAUUAUACACACACAUAUUGAUCUUUUUCUACUUCUUUCCACUUAUUUUUUUUAGUGAAUAAAUAAAUUGUUAAGAGAUUCAUGAAGAAAAUUCAUGGUAUUAUUUGGAAUUUAAUAAAAAAACAUAGACAAAAUGGACUAAUUUCAAUUUC